AUUAAGCGGAGCAGACCAAAAUCCCAAACAAGGAAAUGGUGGGGGAAUAAAACGACCUUAUUAUUUAAUUAAUGCAUGUUAUAAUUAAUAUUUUAUUUGAUUGUAAAUUAAGAAAUAUUUAUGGGUUCAAAUGGAUUACGACUUCAAAACAAAGCUCGCAGCCGAACGAGAGAAGGUAGAAGAUCUGUUCGAAUAUGAAGGUUGCAAAGUGGGUCGAGGCACCUACGGGCACGUUUAUAAAGCUAAGCGCAAAGACGGGGAAGAUGAGAAGGAAUAUGCACUGAAACAAAUUGAAGGCACUGGAAUAUCGAUGUCUGCUUGCAGGGAAAUCGCUCUGUUACGAGAACUGAAACACCCCAACGUGAUCGCCCUGCAGAAAGUGUUCCUGUCUCACAGUGACAGAAAGGUGUGGCUCCUCUUUGACUAUGCUGAGCACGACCUCUGGCACAUCAUCAAGUUCCACCGUGCCUCUAAGGCCAAUAAAAAGCCCAUACAGCUGCCGAGAGGCAUGGUCAAGUCUCUCCUGUAUCAGAUUCUGGACGGGAUCCAUUACCUCCAUGCCAACUGGGUGCUUCACAGGGAUCUGAAACCAGCCAACAUUCUGGUUAUGGGGGAGGGCUCAGAACGAGGGCGAGUGAAAAUCGCUGACAUGGGCUUCGCCAGACUCUUCAACUCUCCUCUCAAACCCCUGGCAGACCUUGACCCCGUUGUGGUGACAUUUUGGUACAGGGCCCCUGAGCUUCUGCUAGGGGCCAGACAUUAUACCAAAGCAAUCGACAUUUGGGCGAUUGGCUGCAUCUUUGCGGAGCUGCUGACAUCGGAGCCCAUAUUCCACUGUCGCCAGGAGGACAUUAAGACCAGCAACCCCUUCCACCACGACCAGCUGGACAGGAUAUUCAGUGUCAUGGGCUUCCCAACAGAUAAAGAUUGGGAAGACAUCAGGAAGAUGCCAGAGUUCCCCACCCUUCAGAAAGAUUUCAGGAGAACGACGUAUGCAAAUAGCAGUCUAAUCAAAUACAUGGAGAAGCAUAAAGUCAAACCUGACAGCAAGGUUUUCCUGUUGCUCCAGAAACUCCUUACAAUGGACCCCACUAAAAGGAUUACCUCUGAACAGGCACUACAGGACCCAUAUUUCCUGGAGGAUCCCUUACCAACCUCAGAUGUAUUUGCCGGAUGUCAGAUACCUUACCCAAAACGAGAGUUUCUAAACGAAGAUGAGCCAGAUGAGAAAACAGAGAAGAACCAGGUCCAACAGCACCAGCAGAUGACAGCCCAGGCCCAGCAGCAGAGUGGCACCCAGCAGGCUUCUAACCAGCAGAGCUCCACCCAGACCAAUGGCAAUGCAGGGGCCACUGGAGCCAACUCCGGGGGAGGCCUACAGCACGGCCAGGACCAGGGCCCCCCCAACAAGAAAUCUCGCACCGGGCCCUCAGGAGCCUCCUCAGGCACUGGGAUCCACCAGCACUCCAGCUCCCGCCUUGGUUACCAAAGCAGCAUCCAAGGUUCCACUCAGUCCCAGGGAUACUCGUCGUUAUCCCAGCAGAGCUCACAGUACUCACACCAGCCACACCGCUACUGAGGCUCUUAGAACAGGCCAGAGGCCUCUCCCAAACCAACCCUCGACCAAAAACAAACCUUAGCAUAACCUCUCACCUCCCUCUGGCCAAGGUAUUACUGACUCCUCAUCCUGAUCAGACCUCAUUAUGUGUCAGAUAAUUCCAACAACACAACAGUCACUCAUUAUCCACCUUCAUGUCAGCCCUACUACACUGACUGACCCUGGCCUCACUUCCAGCCAAUGUCCUCACACUUACCCACCCGAGGGCACUGCAAUAUGAAGGCCAACUCAACAUAGGAACCAAAAACAAACCCUGCCUCCUUGAGGGGUAGGACAAGAUUUUCUAUUAUCAUCAAGUGGCGAAAUCGAUUGAUACUAGAUAAGAAAGAAACACGUCAGGGGCAACUGAUUACACAACACAAAGACUAUGAACCAUGACACUUACAAAAACAUGUUCUUCAAGAGGAAGAAUUGCAGCUCUGUUCAUAUAUAAAUAUAUAUUACAUAGUACCUUUUUUUAUUUGUUUAACAAGAGACUUGUUUUUGCUUGUUUGCUAUGUAGAGUUUGUUUACUUUGAUUGUGGAUGUUUUUGUAAAUAUUGUUCGAUAUAGAAGAAGAUGGGAUGAAACAGGAAAAUAGCCCUUUACUGUAAUCACUUUCCUUCACUGUACAGUUGUUUACCCUGGAUUUCUCUUACCAGAUAACAAUUGAAUCAAAAGGACGAAAAUGAGCCAAUCCUUUCCUGAUUACAAAAGAUCUUCUUCUGAGAUCUUCCCCUUGGCUUGGAAAUACAUUUGUACAUAAGAAAGUUAGCUCUUUAGCUGAUGUGAUUGCAGGGAAUUACGAAAUACACAAUUUUAUCUUAAUCUUGUUAUAAAAAACAUUUUUUUUCUUCUAAUUUUAAGCCUUUUGUUUUUCUAGAUUUGUAGUCUGAAAGUCUGCAUUGGAAGGAACCGUUUAUCAGCCUUUCUUCAGUCUGCAGCAUGUUAUGUAAGCAUCUCUAGGUACCCUGUGUCGCCUGACCGAUAACAACUACCAAGCUACUGUUUUACUAUGAGUCAUGUCCAUCAAGGAAACAUUUGUCGGUGAAUCUGAAUGUUCUCCUUUCUGGCCAGAGGUGUUUGAGUGUGUGUGAGAUGCUUGUUGUGGACACCUUGGGUUGACAGGUCUUUCCAUGGACACAGACAUCACUGAAGGUGACAUCAUAUAGUACAGCUAACAGUGUGUAUGUUCCUGAGACGGUUACUGCCUGAUAGUUUUUUAUUUUCCAUGUAUUUUUCUAGCUUUUAAUGUUUCAUUAUUGCCCUUUACAUGUUUGUAUUUCCUCCUAUUCAGUCAAAGGACUGCACUGCUGAACGGAUCUGCAAAGACCUGGAACACAUAUGGGAAGUCUUGCACCCCAGCCUCUUCAACUCCACACCCCUGGUAUUAACCCAGGUAGAAAAAGGUUUUCUUAUAGUACUUAUCCUGUGAACUAGUUGACUGGAUCUGCACUGUGUGUGUGUGUGUGUGUGUGUGUGUGUGUGUGUGUGUGUGUGUGUGUGUGUGUGUGUGUGUGUGUGUGUGUGUGUGUGUGUGUGUGUGUGUGUGUGUGUGUGUGUGUGUGUGUGUGUGUGUGUGUGUGUGUGUGUGUGUGUGUGUGUGUGUGUGUGUGUGUGUGUCAGCUUCUUCUGUGACUAGGGAAGGGAUGUGGAAACAUUGACAUCUAGUGGCCAUUGACAGAACGGGACCUCUUGUUCAGUGAUGGUGAACAUGUAUUGUGUUCAGUUUGUCACAAGGAUCAAGGCAAUCUUUAUCAAGACUUUGCAUUACGAUUCUUUAAACUGCCUUUUGUGAUGUUCAGAAACACAAGUCGGGUUCAACUGGCAUAUGUUGACGAUGAUGAUAAUGAUGAUCAUCAACACUGUCCUUUUGUAGCCAAAGGAGAGAGACUCUUAUUUUGUUUUCUAUAGUAAGAAAAUAUUCACAGAAACAAUACAAGGUACUAACAUGUAUUGAACAACUGAUAUACUGCUCUCUGUGAUGCUGUUUGCUUCUGACAGUAAUACUGCACAGUUCUUCUGUGUUUGAUUUGUCUGUCAUCUCUGGCUCAGUCAAACAGGUGGAUUGAGAGAUCUGCUGUUGAUCAUCAUCUGUCUGUCUAUCUGUCUGUCUGUCUCCUUCUCUCUCCUCACAGACCAUAUUUCUUUCUCACCACUCCCAGGUUACUGAAGUACAGUAUGUCUUAUGUGUGUUGCGGUGAAUGCCAAAACACUAGAUGAACAAAAGGGACUGCUCCCUCCUUGUUCAAGAUGAGUUCCUAACAGUCAGUUGCCCAGAAUGUUUUCCAUAUCGGACUGGCUCUCUAUUUGAUGCUGAUACAUUGUAACUGUAUUGGUUUGGGUUUGAGUUUCUCUUUUCUAUGUUCCGUAUGAUCUGGCAGGCACACAGGCCCAGUGGAUUAACAACAGCCUUCCCAGAACAGUGGUGUUUACUCUGGAAAAAAAUCAGCAGCUAUCAAACCUUUUUUCUCUCUUUUAUUCUAUUGGCACAUAUCUGAAGUAUAGUUGAAGAGCAUUGAGAAUACAUUAGAUACUGUUUCUCAAUUUAUCUCUAUACAAGCGAGGUAUCAAAAGUAUUAUUCAUUGUGCGGCUCCAACAAGUGAUCGUGGGGCAAAUAACUGUUAAACAGUUCCUAUGCAAAAGCAAAGAGAAUGGUGCAAUGCUUAAAUUUUACUAUGAGAGAUUGAGAGUUUUCUUAGUUUUUUUUUAUCCAUUUCCACAUCGUAAAUCUAAUGUUGAACAUCGUAAUUGAAGAAGGCAUUCACUUGUUUCUUACAGCAUUGUUAAUUGUACUCUAAAUGAAAUAUUGUAAAGAAAUAUAAACUAUAUGGAUGGUAUAUGGUUGUCCCACGAGUGCCUUUUGCGUCCCUGGGAUAUUUUAAGUAGAAAUUGUGCACCAAUUUUGAACUUUAAAAGCCUGCUAUAUUAAAUUAAGUGCCCUUUAAUAUAGAUCACGUGUAGAAUUCAAUCCAAUCUGAUUAUUAUAUGAAUAAAAGCUUGCUAAUGUGCGAAAAUCCUGUGUUUUGACAGGUCCCUCAGUUAACCCUGUGUCACUUAUAGGAAGAUUUCAAACCACUUCAUCCAAACAUUUCUCCAAGUUUCACCAUCUUUGAAAAGCCCUAGUUAUUUUGUUGCUUUGACAAAGUCAUUUCUGAAGAUUAUUAUUGAUUUCAUGUGAUUAGUUAUCCCUCAUUUUAAGGUCAACCCUGUUAUGUGAACUCAACUCUAUUUUUAAUGUGGUGAACCUAUUCCUUCUCAAAACAAACAUUGAACAUCUAAUAGUCAAAUCAUAGUGUAAAAUCAGGUGAGCUGGUUCUACUCUUUUUGGCCAUUUUCUGUUGUUUUGUGGUGGAAAACUGAGCUGUCGAGCAUAAAAGUCAACCCUGUUGAUGUCAAGCAAAGAGGCACUGAGUUUGAAUGUAGGCCUUGAAAUACAUCCACGGAUACACCUCCAAUUGACUCAAAUGAUGUCAAUUAGCCUAUCAGAAGCCUCUAAAGCCAUGACAUAAUUUUCUGGAAUUUUCCAAGCUGUUUCAAGGCACAGUCAACUUAGUGUAUGUAAACCUCUGACCCACUGGAAUUGUGAUACAGUGAAUUGUAAGUCAAAUAUUCUGUCUGCAAUCAAUUUUUGGGAAAAAAUACUUUUGUCAUGCAUAAAGUAGAUGUCCUAACCGACUUGCCAAAACCAUAGUUUGUUAACAAGAAAUUUGUGGAGUGGUUGAAAAACAAGUUUUAAUGACUCCAACCUAAGUGUAAGUGUAUGUAAACUUCCGACUUCAACUGUAGACAGUACCAGUCAAAAACGUGGACACACCUACAAAUUCAAGGGUUUUCUUUAUUUGUACUAUUUUCUACAUUGUAGAAUAAUAGUGAAGACAAAAACUAUGAAAAUAACAUAUGGAAUCAUAUAGUAACCAUUUUCGAUUUUAGAUUCUUCAAAGUAGCCACCCUUUGCCUUGAUGACAGCUUUGCACACUUAUGGCAUUCUCUCAACCAGCUUCAUGUUGAAUGCUUUUCCCACAAUCUUUAAGGAGUUCCUACAUAUGCUGAGCACUUGUUGGCAUUCCAGGUGAAGCUGGUUGAGAGAAUGCCAAGAGUGUGCAAAGCUGUCAUCAAGGCAAAGGGUGGCUACUUUGAAGAAUCUAAAAUAUAUUUUGAUUUGUUAAAAACCUUUUGGGUUAUUACAUGAUUCCAUAUGUGUUAUUUCAUAGUUUUGAUG